AUGGGAAAGAAGAGGUCAAGAGAGGAGGCCAAGGAUGCGCCGCCGGCUGAUGCUGGUGCCGAGCGCAUGGACGAGGACAGCAGCGAUGACGAGGACUUUGACAUGGUCAACGUCGAGUUCGAAUGGUUCAACUUUGACCCCGAGAUCGACUUCCACGGCACAAAGUCGCUGCUGCGGCAGCUCUUCGACGUCGACGCCAACCUCUUCAACAUGUCUGCGCUGUCAGACCUCGUCCUGUCGCAACCGACAAUCGGCUCGACGGUCAAGGUCGACGGCAAGGCCAACGACGCCUACGCCAUGCUCACGGUCCUCAACACGUACGAGCACCGCGAAAAGGAGCCCAUGAAGGACAUUCUCAAGUACCUUGUCGACAAGGCGCAGACCAACCCGUCAAUAUCGGCCGUCGCGGAGCUCCUCGGCGCGCAAAAGCCCGUCGGGCUCGUCCUUUCCGAGCGCCUCAUCAACAUGCCGUCGGAGAUUGCGCCACCGCUGUAUACGAUGCUCGUCGAGGAGGUGGAGGAUGCGCUGGAGGACAAGGAGCCGUACGACUUUUCAUACUAUCUCAUCCUCUCCCGGACGUAUCAGGAGGUGGAGUCGACGCUGGACGUGGAGGAUCGAAAACGGAAAAAGGCAAAGGAGGAGGCUUCCACCUACCACUUCCACCCCGAGGAUGAGGUCCUGGAAAAGUACGCCGUCGCGCACGGCAGCUUCCGGUACACGAAGGAGGACGAUGCGGUGGCAGACAGCAAGCGGGCGUUCCAGGAGAUGGGCAUCAAGACGUUUGGGCACAUGAUUCUCAUUGAGGCGAGUAAAUUCAAAGAGGCCGUCAAGGCCGUGGGCGAUUAUAUAGCUGCGCCGCAAUAG